AUGGUCAUUCCGUGCCGGGGAUACGCCGACCUGCUUGCUCGUGGUGGUGAUGGUUGCACGACAUAUCAACAGGUAGCGCGCACCCUCGGUUUGGUUGAGGACGAGGACGAGUACCACCAAGCCCUGAAGGAAGCAGCUCGAUUCAUGGUCGGUCCGAGGCUCCGCUCUUUCUUUGUCCUUCUGUGUAACAUGGGAGCUCCUGCGGCCCUCUUGUGGGAUGCUUUCCGUGAAGCACUGUGCGAAGACCAUUUGGAGCGGAAUCCUCUUGAUCACGAGGUUGCGUACAAGCUGGCUCUGAUUGAGAUCGAUCGAAGCCUUCGACGUCAGGGAUCCUGCUUGGCCGAUCACGGUCUCCCUACUGUAGACGACGACACGACCGAACUGGGGAGGGAACUUCUCAUCCACGGUGAAAAUCGUCAGAGAUCACUUGUAGAUGAGUGGGAACCUAAACUUUCCCGCGACCAGAGGGCGGUCUUCGAUUAUGUUCGGUCUAUACUGCAGGGCCAAGUCUACAGCCGGUCUAAAAAACUGAUCUUUCUUGACGGACCCGGAGGCUACGGCAAGACCUGUCUAAUACAUGUUAUUCUUGCAUACGUCCGUAGUCGUAACCAGGUCGCUAUUGCUGUCGCUAGCUCCGGCAUUGCCGCUGGUAAUCUGCCUGGUGGCACGACAGCACAUAGCAUGUUUCGGCUACCACUUGAUCUCGGCGAUGGCACUGGAUAUUGGAACUUGACCAACGGAUCUCAGCGGGCAGAACUCAUCAGAGCCGCACAGCUCAUAGUUUUUGAUGAGGCCCCGAUGGCUCACCGGUACAUUUUUGAAAUCAUCGACAGAUCUCUGCGUGAUCUCAUGAAUUCACCUGAGCCAUUCGGGAAUAAGAUCUUUAUCUGCUGCGGGGAUUUCCGUCAGAUCGCACCAGUUGUUGCCAAGGCUCGUACUCCGGCCGACAUUGCCUGUGUAUCACUGCGUGCGUCAUCUCUGUGGCCAAGUUUCAAAAUCUUUUCUCUGUCCACACCUCACCGGACUUCUGGGUCCACUGCCUACUCUGACUUCCUCCUUCAAGUAGGCAAUGGAACAAUUACAUCUGUUCCUUUUGGGGAAGGCCGUGACUCUGUUGCCCUGAUCCCACUGUCCGGUGUGAAAUACGUGACAUCCCUUCCCGACUUGAUUGACUUUGUGUUUCCUGCUUGUGACCUACACCACACAGACAGAAUUGCUGGCAGGUCUAUUCUUUCGACCAUGAACGCCAAUGUCCAGCAGAUCAACAACACCGUCCUCAACCUGAUGGACGGCGUCGUUCAUGAGUUGAGGAGUGCUGAUUCUGUGGACAAGGAGAACGACGAUGGUAUGGAUGUAGACGUUCACUUGUUGAACCAAGCUACUGGCAAGGGUGUACCAGACCAUGUCCUGCGACUCAAGAUUGGCUCCGUGUGUCUCGUCAUGAGAAACUUGAACAUUGACAGCGGACUCGUAAACGGCACUAAAGUGAUCGUGACUGCAAUAAGACCUCGUCUGAUCACAGUGCGACUCCCUGGACAACAGGAUCCGAUUUGUAUUCCCCGGAUUCAAUUCGUUUUCCCGUUCGUCGAGGGGUCACCGCUUCGUGUCCGCCGUCUUCAGUUUCCUCUCAUGCUGGCAUAUUCCAUGACUGGCCACAAAAGCCAGGGCCAGACGAUUGAUCGCGUUGGAGUCGAUCUUCGCAGUGACUGUUUCACUCAUGGUCAGUUGUACGUCCUGCUCAGUAGAGUCAGGCAUCCAGACCAUAUAGUCGUCCUUAUACUGUGGGUCCAAGCCCUGGUAGCUCAGCUACCUGUAGACGUCAACGUCGUUCUGGGGGGUUACUCGUCGAUCCGGGGACGGAGCUGGGGAACAUCCUCAGCAACCAUGUCCCUGAUGUGUUCCCACGGAGAAACAUCCGCCGUCUCUUCAAGUCUUGCUCGAAGGCCGUCGACGAUGUCUCGGAAGAGUUGGUACUGCCGCAGAGUCCCUGAUGACGGUUUCCUCACGUACGAAAUUUACUUCACGAUCACAUGUGACAUCACCUACCCGGUCCAGAAAAAUAGAAUUGAAAUGAAGUAA